AUGCUAGACUUUUUUGUAAGUAGAUGGAACAUUCAAGGAGCAGCCAGACAACAGCCUGCAGACGGCAUUCCUCCUAAUCCAAAAGUUUUUUUUGCCAAUGAGCGCACAUUUCUGUCUUGGUUGCAGCUCUGUUUGAUUCUUGGAGCUGUGGCGAUUGGACUGCUCAAUUUUUCCAACAAACUCGGCCAAAUUGCUGGCAUGAUAUUUGCUAUUAUAUCUGUUGGAUUUAUGUUUUAUUCAUUAAUUCAAUUUAAUAUUCGUGCCGAUCGUUUGCAAAAGAAAGAAAAGGGAGUCAGUUUCGAAGACAUGGUUGGAUCGCUUGUCAUGAUUACCGUAGUGUUCCUUGCAAUCGCAAUCAAUUUUUCAUUCAAGAUGGCAUCUCCUUCAAACUAG